AUGAAUUUACUGCAAAUCUCAGCACUAGCAGACGGUGACGUAAGAGAGUUGAUAACCUGGUUGCAAGGGCGUGGAUUGCUGCCAAAUCCGCUUUGUUGUGGAAAUUACAAACUGGAUAUGGUUAUUUCUGCUCGAAACGAAGGUCACGUCGACGGAUAUCAGUGGUAAGUUUUACAGUUAAAAUAUUUCUGAUAUAGAAGAUUAUCAGUUGUCAAUUGAAAUAUUAAAAAACCGAAAACAGACCUCAACCGAAAGAUACCAACUCAGCAAAUAGGAACGCGAAAUGCAAAAGAUAAGAUGUUUUAUUUUCAGGUCUGAAUUGCGAGGUGGUAAUGCAGCGAUCGUGAGCUGCGAGCUUAGACGCGUCUCCAGCUUUGGUUGUCACAUCUCCUCACUUUUCGGCGCUCAACGAUCGAAACGUUUCGUUAUUCUUGGGAUAAUGUUCCCGCGGAUGACAAAUUCGAUGAAUUAUGUAAACUUCAGCGGCAAGCUGGCGGACCUAAUGCCUAACAGCAGGGACUGAAAAUGCCACUAAAGAAUUCAGCAUACUCACUGAACAACAUCUUCUAGACAAAACUAUUGAUAAUAACAAUGAUAGUAAUAAUAAUAAUAAUAAUAAUAAUAUUAACAAUAAUAGUUAUGGUGUGAUGAUAACAGAAAAAGAUGUAUAUGUAUAAGCCGUUUGUAUACAGUAGAUAUGAACCAGAU